ACUAAAAUAUCGAUAAUAUCGAUAUUGCCAGCAUCGAUACUAUUAGUGUUUGCAAGUAGAGCUACGAAACCCUAAACAAGACUAAGACUUGCAAAAUUUUUUUUAUUUGAAGGUAACAAAAGAAAAUUGAAAAGACAACAAAAUGGAAGUAGAUGAAGAAGAGUUCGAGAUGCCCUCAUCCAGUAGCAAGGGUGAGAAGAAACGAUUCGAAGUGAAGAAGUGGAAUGCUGUAGCCUUGUGGGCUUGGGACAUUGUUGUUGACAAUUGCGCCAUUUGCCGAAAUCACAUUAUGGAUUUAUGCAUUGAGUGUCAAGCAAAUCAAGCAUCUGCCACCAGUGAAGAAUGCACAGUGGCCUGGGGUGUUUGUAAUCAUGCUUUCCACUUCCAUUGUAUAUCACGUUGGUUAAAGACCCGCCAAGUCUGUCCAUUGGAUAACAGAGAAUGGGAUUUCCAAAAGUAUGGACACUAGUGUUACCUCUAACCCUUUGGAUGAUUGCAGUGGAGCGACAGCGCUAGAGUUUGAAUAUUUAGGUUAUUUUUAUUUUUUUUCUAUUCCAAUCAUAUAAUUUAUGUACGAAAAUGUAAUUUUGCAUUAAAAACUACUGAUUCAACAAAAGAAGCAAUCUAUGCUGCUAGAAA